GGCGAGUGUGUGUUGUGGCCCGCCCACGCAUGCACAUAUUUAUAGGCCGAUGAGCUGGUAAACUGUGCAAUGAUAUGCGAUCGGUCCAUUUCACUGGCGAAGAUUUGCGCGGGUAUUCUGUAAACACAGCACAUUGAGUGUUGGCCGGACAUUGAUUUGUUUGACAGAUUUUUGACAUGUUUCGCAUGUUGCUUUGCCUUUGGAUCGUUGCGGUCUCCGCCUCCGACCUAGACCGAUCGGCAGAUGAUGCCUUGAUAGAGGAGUUGCAAAGUUUGAUGGGGCAAGAGCAGUGGUGGCCAAAGGGUGGCAACGCCAAACUGCCGCGGAAGACUUGGGAGCGCUGGAAACAGUGCCAGCAGCCUGGUUUCCCUUCAUUGCUGCGGGACAACAGGACUCGGACGUCAGUGCGUGCGGCGCAUGUGAAGGUGAUGGAAUGGUUGGUACGACAUCAUCGGGACCACCCGCGGCGAAAGCAACUCGCAGACAGCAUCGGACAGCGAUUGGUGCAUUUGGGGUUAGUUACACACCCUUAUCAGUGGGCAGAGGUCUUAAAUGAACAGCUGAGCUCGUUUCCUGUUUUGGACCCCCACACAGAUCCAAUUCCAUGGCCAGGUGUGGCGAAGGCAUUGCAAUGGCUUGAGACCAAUUACACCUUGUUGCUGUCGGCUUUUCAUGGUGCUGCCAAGCAUCAUAGAUUUCGAGAACACCCAGAAGGGCUGCAUUUGACUGGGCUUUGGGAGACAGCUUAUAUCUCAAGAGAGCGCUGCAACAGAAAGUCAUACCCUGAGGUGUGCCACUUACUAGAGGUCAUUGAUGAGAUUUGGCCGAAAGUGGACGAGGCUGAAGCCAUGGAGGCAGUAUUGGAAGCCAGAUUUGCAAGACUUCAUCCUGGAACGGCGGUGGUGGAGCACACAGCAGAUACCAACCAGCGCAUCAAGAUCCAUUGCGGCAUUGAGAAUCCUAGUAACGUCACGAUGUUCAUCGGCCAUGCUCAGGUUUGCUGGCAGCCUGGGCGCUGCUAUUUGGUGGACGACUCAUAUGCACACCAUAUCUCCUCAGAAGACUCCGACCAGCCCAGAACCAUUCUGGAGCUGAAGGUUGCGCAUCCAGAUUUGGUUUGGGCCGAUUAUUUGGAUGAGGAGGAUGGAACGCUGGUACCCAAGCGCAGCGGCGGGAGAAGCGAGCUGUGAGGCUGUGAGGCUGUGAGGGAUGAAUCAAUGGGACAUUUGACCCACGGAAACCUUGAGAACAGCAGAUCCCACGUUGUCAGACAUAAAAGUCGCAUCACGGGUGUCCUUUCAUGACACGUCACAUCACUCUUGAUCCCUCCCGAGUCCAAAUGGCUGCGAGGUAGGUACCAGGUAGGCAGCAUGCUGGGCAGUUUCUGAAUCAUCCACGGCUACUAUAAGUUAUAUAUAUACUAGGCUCCAUGAUUGGCAAAGUUCGACUCAGACAUCGCUGUACCUUGCAAACCCUUGCAAAAAAUGUGCCCUUGCCGAUGGGUUCAUGCACUUGGUCCAUGUGAUGUGUUAG